AUGGACAAGCUUGUCGCGCAAUAUUCGCGCCCAUCCCACCAGAAUGAGUUCUACACGGAGGAAGAGCAACACGAUCUCACGGGGAGCCUCCCUCCGCUUUCCUUGAAGUUCGCUCUUCCUCCUGUCGCUAAUCCAUCUGCCUUCCUCCGUGCCAUGACCGAUGACCACUCCAACCCCAGCUGUCCGAUCAAGCUCGCCCACGGAACAACAACCCUGGCAUUCCGAUUCCAGGGCGGCAUCAUUGUGUGCACCGAUUCUCGAGCGACGGCUGGUAACUGGAUUGCCAGUCAGACAGUCAAGAAAGUGAUUCCGGUUUCGCGAUUGAGCCGGGGAGAGGACAAGCCCUCAAAGGAUCCCACUCCUGGACUUCUGGGAACGAUGGCUGGUGGUGCGGCGGAUUGCCAAUACUGGUUGCGUUAUCUGAGCCAACAGUGUACUCUGCACGAAAUCCGACACAAGCGCCGAAUCACGGUGGCGGCGGCCUCCAAGAUUCUUGCCAAUCUGACCUACGCUUACAAGGGCUAUGGUCUCAGUAUGGGAACGAUGCUCGCUGGUGUUACACCCCAAGAAGGACCUGCCCUUUACUAUAUCGACUCAGACGGUACUCGCCUUGCGGGCAACCUGUUCUGCGUUGGUUCGGGUCAGACAUUCGCCUAUGGUGUGUUGGACGCGAACUACCGCUAUGACCUCAGCGAGAAGGAGGCUCUGGACCUGGGUCGCCGUGCCAUUCUCGCUGCUAUGCACCGUGACGCAUACUCUGGUGGCUUCAUUAACUGCUACCAUGUCACAGAGGCUGGCUGGGUGCACCACGGAUUCGACGAUAUGAACCCUAUCUUCUGGAAGACGAAGCUCGAGAGUGGCGAGUUCUCCAAUGUCACGUCGGAGUUGUAA